UUUUAGCCGCUAACUUCAAUUUUUUCCUCUUGAUUUUUUAUUUUAUUUUUGUUGUUGUUAUUAAUUUUGUUUAAUUUAUUCAUCUAUAUUUUUCACCAUGAAUUCAAAUCACGUCGGUGGAAAAUCUCACGCUAAUCAUGCCUCAUCUGAAUCACUAUCAUCAACAUCAUUAUUGACCAUUCAUCAGUACCGGAGUAAGUUAAUGGAUAUAAUUGACACCGAACCAAUUUUUGUGCUGAUUGGUGCCACUGGUUCGGGAAAAACAACGCAACUACCUCAAUGGUGUUUACAAUCGAAACAUUCCGUUGGUGAAUCAGAAGGAUCAUUAACAAGCAAAUGCCGGGUCGUCGGGAUUACACAACCCAGACGUGUUGCUGCAGUCUCUAUUGCUACAAGAGUUGCCAACGAAAUGAAAACAAACUUGGGCCAGUUGGUGGGUUAUUCAGUUAGAUUUGAUGAAGUGCUUUCACCAGCGACUAGAAUCAAAUUUAUGACUGAUGGAAUGCUGUUAAGGGAAUCACUCUAUGACCCUUUACUUAGAAAAUAUUCAUUUAUCAUUCUCGAUGAAGCCCAUGAAAGAUCGAUUCAAACCGAUAUUCUGUUCGCUAUUGUCAAGAAAGCUUUUCAUGCUCGCAAAAAGAAUGGUCUCUCAUCUCUUAGAGUUGUAAUCAUGUCUGCCACAAUGAAUGUUGAUAAAUUUUCUAACUAUUUUGAUCAAUGUCCUGUUUUUAAAAUUGCUGGUCGUCAUCACCCAAUCGAGAUUUUGCAUGCUGAACAAGAUUUAACUGAUACUAUUCAUGCCUCUUUAGUUACUGUAUUUCAAAUCCAUAGGACUCAACCAACUGGAGAUAUUCUUGUUUUUUGCACUGGUCAAGAGGAAAUUGAAAAUAUGGUCUCUGUUACUAGAGAAACUUGUUUCCAACUGCCUCAAGAACAAAGAAACCUCGUUCCACUUCCAUUAUAUGCUGCGUUGCCUUUUAAUGCUCAAUUCAAAAUAUUCAAAUCGUUCUCGGGGAAAAGGAAGGUCAUUUUCGCUACUAACAUAGCUGAAACAUCAAUCACUAUAUCAGGAAUCAAGUAUGUUGUAGAUUGUGGCAAAUUUAAAUGUCGAAGGUACAAACCAUCUUCGGGAAUGGAUACACUCAAGAUUGAGACAAUUUCUCAAGCUCAAGCCUGGCAAAGGGCUGGUAGAGCUGGAAGAGAAUCAAGUGGAAUCUGUUACAGACUUUAUUCUAGGGAAACUUACGAAAAUAUGCCCAAGGAAAUGGUUCCUGAAAUGCUCAGGUGUAAUCUUGCUUCCGUUUUGCUACAUUUAGCUGCCAUAGGAAUCAAAGAUUUUACUAAAUUUGAUUUUAUGGACAAACCGUCGAUUGAGAAUGUAAAUAAAUCAACCGAGCUUCUCAUUAGUCUUGGAGCCAUCACUAAAGAUGAAAAUAACUGGUAUCAGAUAACUCAUUUGGGUAGACAAAUGGUCAACUUUCCAUUAGAUCCUAGGCUGGCCAAAAUACUCAUUGCAUCUGCUGAACUUGGAUGUAGCGAAGAGAUUCUCAGUGUAAUAUCGCUUCUUUCCGUGGAAAAUGUGUUUCAUAUUCCACCGCACAAGAAAGAGGAAGCUAAUGAAGUUCAUAAAAAGUUUCGAUCGACUGAAGGAGAUCAUGUAAUGCUAUUAAAGUUGUACCGAGCUUAUAAAGCAGCUAAAGGCAACAAGGAAUGGUGUAAAGAAAAUUACAUUGAUUUUCGUAAUAUGCGGAUGGUGGCAAAUAUAAGACAACAAAUGGCUGCUUUGUACGAGCGAACCAACUUUACCAAAAAUUCUUGUGGAGCCAACACGGAAUUGGUUCGUAAAUGCAUUACCGUCGGUUUAUAUCAUAAUCUUGCAGUUAUUGGCAAAGAAGGUGAAUAUCGAACGAAAAUGUCGGAAGAAAAGGUUUUUAUCCAUCCUUCUUCGUGUCUCUUCAAUGUUAAACCAGAAUAUGUUAUUUACUCCGAAUUGGUACAAACCAGCAAAUGUUACAUGAGGAAUAUCUCUGUAAUUGACUACAAUUGGUUGAAAGAGUUGAGACUAAAGAUACCUUUAUCAAAACAACAAAAUUAGUCUAAAAGCAAUGGAUUUAUUAAAAAAUCAAGAUGUUUUUUCCUUCUUCUCAACACAUUCACUUUUUCUUCCUCACAACUUUCCAAUACUAAACUAUUGCCUUCAGACAUAAAAAUCUGUCAUUUUUUUUCUGUUGACUUGAACACUUUUGCAAUUAAAACUUCGAUCUCGGACUAAAA